AUGACCCAACAAUAAAUCUGAAUGUAAUAUCUUAAGAACUUAUUUAGUUGGUCAUUGACUGAUUUCAGGCUGAUGUAUGCCACGCUUACCAAUUACUGAAGGAUGGCGGUCUUAAAGACGAGAACAUCAUUGUAUUCAUGUACGAUGACAUUGCCAACAAUACUGAUAAUCCCAGACCUGGUGUCAUCAUCAAUAAUCCACAUGGACGUGAUGUUUACAAAGGUGUCCCCAAGGAUUAUGUAGGUGAAGAUGUUAAUGCUAACAAUUUUUACAAUGUUAUCCUUGGGAACAAAAGCGGUAUAGUUGGGGGAAGUGGGAAAGUUGUGAACAGUGGUCCAAAUGACCAUAUAUUCAUCUACUAUACUGAUCAUGGUGGCCCUGGCAUUGUCGCAAUGCCAAGUGGAGAACUUGUUUAUGCAAACGAUCUAGUUGAUGUGUUAAAAAAGAAGCAUUCUUCAGGGAUGUAUGACAGACUGGUGUUUUACCUAGAAGCUUGCGAGUCUGGAAGCAUGUUUGAUGGUCUUCUCCCUGAGGGUCUUGAUAUCUAUGUCAUGACUGCAUCAAAACCUGAUGAAGAUAGUUGGGCGACGUACUGUGGUGAGGGUACUCCUGAUGAUCCCUGCUUGGUUGAGUGUCCCCCUCGCGAGUUUGAAGGUGUGUGCUUGGGAGACUUGUACAGUGUUGCCUGGAUGGAGGAUAGUGAUGUAGAAGAUCGAGAUGCUGACAGUGUGCAAGGGCAGCAUAGCCGAGUUGCAAACAGAACUGCAGCCAACAUAACAGAUGGUGACUAUGGCUCCCAUGUCACGGAAUAUGGUGAUAUAGUGGUGAGCUUUGAUCGUCUUUCCGCGUAUAUGGGUGAAGCUUCCACAAACCACAGUCAUGCCUCUGUGGAUGCCAUGUCAUUCUCGAGAUUAUCAAAGAAUGUGGAUCAGCGCAGUACUGAACUUUUCUAUUUGUUCACCAAACACCAAAAUGCUCCUGAAGGCUCUCAUGAGAAAUACGAAACUCAUGUGAAACUUAAUGAAGUUAUAUCACAGAGAAGUCAAGUGGACAACAAAGUAAAACGUCUAGGGGAGCUUCUUUUUGGUGUUGAAAAAGGUAAUGAGGCACUACAUAGUGUUCGACCUGCUGGACAACCACUUGUUGACAACUGGGAUUGCCUUAAAUCCUAUGUCAAGAUAUUUGAGGCACACUGUGGAAGAUUAACCCCAUAUGGGAGGAAACACGUACGUGGUAUCGCCAACAUCUGCAAUGCUGGGAUUACGAGUGAGCAAAUGACUGCUACAUCUGCACAAGCAUGUUCAAGUUAGUAGAGGGUACUCGUGGCAAAGAAUAUAUAUAUCGUAUGCUUAGCCAGUUUAUGUCAAGACUGCAAAAUUUCACUUUUAGCUACACUCAGAAUAACGCUGCUUAGAAUUAGCAGAUCUUUGCCCAGUUUCCAUGUACUAAAGCUUUACUUUCUCAAUAAAAAUGCCUUUUGACCUUUUUAUUCGCUCAAAGUCUUGUUCAGCUUCAUCCAAGUCCAAUUUUAUCUGAUUUUUUCGUGGAAAAUGAUGUACAUUCAGCAGCUACUACAUGUCCCGCCAAAUCAUUAACCUGGCAGCAAAAAACUUCUCAGAGUUCUCGUACAUAUUCAAGCCUUCUUAUUUGAACAAUUUUGAAGAAUGUAAGUAAAGAGGGUAAAUUUUGCAAAUUUAUGGCUGUAGUGUAAGAGCAAGCAAAAAACUUGAGUAAGGGUUUAUCUAUUUUAAGAAGUGCUCCGAGAAAGCAAAAAAGAAAAACGUUAAACUACAGUUGGAUAGACAUGGUUAAUUAGCUUAUAAAAGGCAAGUUGUGAAAGCAAAAAAGAAAAAAGACAUCCAGAAAAGAGAAGAUUCUGCUGCAAAAAUAUAUUUCCUUCUAUCACUCUUAAAACAUUAUGAUUUUGUCAGUACAUAGCACAGUAAGAUUACUGGGCAUCAUGUAUCAGAAAUGCAUAUUCACAGAACUCAUCUUGCAGACAAGAUUAUUUAUAGGGGAUAAUUAAGGCUUAAGAGACUCUGUAACUUGGUGUGAAGCCACUUCUCUUACCUUAAAAAAACAUCUGUAUUAUAUGCUUCUCUUUGUUCUAACCAUCUUAAGACUUAUUCCUGCAACAAUGGCAUCUUCGAGAGAGAUGACUAUUGAUUUUGUUAAUUUUUAAAGGAUUUCGAGGGGCUUUCAUGCAGUAAUAGAAAAAAGAAUGCACUUCUGGCAACCUUGAAU